UAAAUGUUACUAAUACACACGAGGGUGAUGUAUGUAAAUCACAUUGGGAAAAUACUGUGGAGAACGUGUUUUCAGAUGUAACAAGAGUUUCCGUAUUUAGUUCGUGUUUUUCACAAUAAGGACGUUUAGUUAUGAUAUAUUUUAAUACAAUUUCAUAACAAUAUAUCUAAUGUUAGAAGGUUUGAGACGACAAUAUUAGAAACAUUCUUUGUUCGCGUCUAAAACUUAUUUUGUAAUGCCAACUGUUGAUAUUUAACGACAAGUUAACUGCUGGGUGGAUUUCUUUAGUCUAGCGUGAACGCUAUAUAGAGUAUAGAUCUAUUUUUAGAAGUACAUGUACCGGAACACAUCGUAUGUUGUGAAUUAACCUACACAAAAUGUUCACGCUAAAGACUGUUUUCACGCUAUUAAACUUGGUGAUAGCAUUACACACUGGUCUAGCGUUUGUGCACCCUAGUGGGAGUGACUGUCAUUAUAAUAAUCUCACAACUACAUACACAGAGGAACUUAUUGAAACGUAUGGAGAAAAUGAAAGGCUCGGUAUUGUGCAGUUCCGUAAAUUGGCUGACCACGUGCGAUUGUCUUCGAAAUGCACAACCCCUGACACAGUUCAUCUUGCUACAAAUAACAAUGGGUAUUCUCAUUCUGAUAAUUUGACGGACUCUAAGUGUCUAACAGUUGACGAUGUUUACAAUUUAUACAAUCGGGACGGAGAUGGUCUAACAUCCAUAGAUCUUAUAGAAGCCUUAUCUUCUUUGGUUUAUAUUAUUGUCGAUGACAACUGUGUAAAUAGAAAAGGCGAUGGUUCCCAUGGCAAACGGCCCAGCUCAGGAUUAGUAUGGGGCUAUGGUAUUGGUUUUGUCACCCUGGUGUGUGUUAUCUCAAACAUAGGAGGCCUGUUAGGUCCGUUGAUGGAGAAGGAAUUUUUCCAGAAAUUGUUGACUUUCUUGGUUGCUAUGGCAGUGGGAACAUUGGCGGCUACAGGAUUACUCGUACUUUUACCAGAGGCCUUUGAUUUAAUGCGAUGUGAUGAAAUAGCAGAUGAUUAUUUAUGGAAAUCCGCUACAGCUAUGGCGGGAAUUUAUAUCUUCUACCUAUCUGAACGAAUCCUGAAAAUAUUAUUUUACAAACCGAAGAACCCACCUUCAGACAGUGUAGAGAUUAAAGUUCCGUUGUCUACAGAUCAUGGACAUGGUCAUAGUCAUUUUCCUGGUAAUACACUUGUCGAGUCAGGGCAGAAAACUGUGUCAACUGUAGCCUGGAUGGUAUUAAUUGGUGACGCUUUACAUAAUUUUGUAGAUGGUUUAUCUAUUGGAGCAGCAUUUACUGAGAAUAUUUAUACGGGUGUUAGUGUUUCUAUUGCUGUAGUGUGUGAAGAACUUCCUCACGAAUUAGGUGAUAUAGCUAUUUUAUUACACAGUGGUUUGAGUAUGAAGAGGGCAUUAUUAUAUAAUUUUCUGGCAGCGGUUAUUUGUUAUGUUGGUCUUAUUAUUGGUAUACUCCUAGGAGAAAAUACGUCAGCCAAUCGCUGGAUAUUUGCUAUAGCAGGUGGCUUAUUUCUAUAUGUUUCAUUGGUUGAUAUGUUACCGGAACUGAGUCAUGUAGCCGAUGAAUUCCAGCGACAAAAACACAACCCGUGGAAGAUAAUGUUUUUACAAAUAUUCGGGUUACUUGUAGGAUUUGGUAUUAUUCUUGUAGUGGCAUUUUAUGCCAGCCAGAUUGUCAUAGAUGGUUAACUUAAAGUAGGUGAGUCUCUAACUCAAUAUCAUUCAAAGUCUUCGACAUUUAAAACACGAAUUAUUAUUUAAUUUAAAUCAACAUUAAUGUUGUCAUCUUUCCUGGAAAAAAUGGGCUUCUGAUAUCCAAUAUUUAAGACAAAAUAAACAUUUUACCAUUGGUACACGAAUCGUGUACCAUAAUGCGUUUUAGCGCCAUUUGUUACACGGGACUCGAAGAACGAGGCUAAAUAUAUUUCAUAAGUCAUGUCAAACGGUGACAUUAUGUUCUUAUCUGGAGAGCAUGCGCAAUAAACACUCUCGGUGUAGACUGGAAUAACCAGACGCUAAAGAUUGACAUUCGAUUGAGACUUCUGGCGUAUUUCGCCGAACAUAACUGAUUACAGUAAAAACGGAAACGAUUGAAUGUAAAUCAGUUUAUAUACAUUCGUAAUACAUUAUUAUAUGCGUUGCGACCCAUAUCAAAACUUUCAUUUUGUCUUAAAUAUUGGAUAUCAGAAGCCCAUCAAUGUUGAUUUAAACUGACCAAUAAGUCGUGUGUUUUCAAUGUCGAAGACUGUGGAUAAUACUGAGUUAAAGACUUGCCUCCUUUAAAACAACAUUCAGUCCAAGAGCAGCAUCCAUAUGAUAAUACACAUCCUUAUAAUUGGACAAUCUGCGGGUAUAUUAGUGGAAGCAUUCCAUCUUUUUAUAAUGAAUUGUAGCCCUGCCCAUCUUACACUUUUUAGUGUUGUAGUUCAACGAAUUAAAUUGGGGAUUCCCCAACCCUUUCAAGAAGAUAGAACAUCUGAUACCACAUCUUUGUCAUUUAUUAAGUUCUCACAGAUAACAUACGAUAAUGAAUUGAACGCAUGCAUUAACACAUCCAUUGUUAUUCCUGGUGCUAAGGGCAGACGAGCGUAUUUUUUCGCCUUAUCGCGUCGAAUAAAAUUCGCCAGGGAUUUUUUUACGGCCGAUAACGAAAGGGUACACUUAGCGGUCGUCUCCAGAGUGUAUACCAUUUUGCGAGUAAAUUACACCGAUCAUGUGAUUUGUUCUAAAUGGCGAAUAGUCGAAAUCGUAAGAUUUCUGUUGUAGCUUGCUAUUUAAUUGCUAAAAAUAAAACGGAGAAUACCUAGAAUGGCUCGUUGGACAAAUUGAAACUUGUGGUAAUGGAAUUAGAUUCCACGCUUCGGCACUGGAGGCAGACAUUUUGAGAUCAUGUGAUAUUAAUCAUGUCUCAGAUUGGCUUAUAAAAAAUUGUUUGCCCGACAACAUACGCGAAUUUGAUCGCCGGCGAAAUAUAUUCGGCCGAAAAUAUGUAACAUGCUAGAUACGAGAGAUUUAUCGGACGAAUGGUUUGUCGAGCAGAAUCGUCGUCGCCGUGAAUGGGCACACGGCCUUUUUUUUUGAGCGAUUUUAAAAAUCGGCGCAAUCGGGCGAAAAAAUACGCUCGUCUGCCUACAACUUGAUAGGCAUUUAGAGAUUGAGCACAAUAUAAAACACAACAUUAUAUGACAAAACAAUGGCUACUCAGUACACAUAAAGCACGACGUUUCGGCAAAUGUCAGCUUGUCGUUAUGAAGCACAAACGAUAUUUUACAGAGAGAGGGGAGAGGAAGGGAAAGAGAGAGAAAGUUUAACGUCCACUCGACACAUCAAACUAGGUCAUUUUGGGACUAACACACAGUUCAAUUUUAUUUCAAUAAUUCACUUGCAUGAAGGGAUCUUUAGCAGUGUGUGUGUGGGGGGCGAUUGGAUGACCCUACUUGUUGUCACGUACAAGCGGGGAAUCGAAACCACGCCACCUGACUCAAUGACAGACCUUGUAAUUUCACACCACUAGACUCCUACCCCCGAGAUAUUUUACAAACUAAUGUAACACUCCUGUAACUGCACCCAGGUAUGAGAAUAUUCCAACAGGACAAUACAAUGCUCCAUCAAAUUAAAAUCAAAACAUAUAUAUUAGUCCCGAAAUGACUUCGUUUUAAACGCUCUCUCCAUUUUAUUAAUUUAUAAUAUAUUUUAUUUUGUUAUGUUAACAAAUGUAAAUUACAGAAAAUUACCCCAAGAUCAUGAAAUGUUGUUCUGUUCCAUAUCAUUAACUAUUCGAAUAAACUCAAUUUAUUUAAAGUUUUAUUUCUGUCUUAAUAGACCUCACAAUCUUAGGAUCAGAUUAGAAAAAAACCAUUUCAA